UGCUAGGGUGCAACUUUAAAGAAAACAAGGGCGUUUUAUACCUAUUAAAAAUAUCUUUUCAUUCUUUUUAUCUUUUACAAUGUCAAACAUGCAACUUUAUGUCUGGGGUCCAGCUUUAAAUGCUCCCUCCAUUGAUCCCAAAUGUGUAGUCAUUGAAUCUUACCUACGUCUUGUUAAGCAAGACUACACAGUUGUCACCUGUAAUAACCCUCAGACAAGUCCCACAGGUGAACUCCCUUUGCUCAAGCAUGGUUCUAUUUGGGUUGCUGGUGCUGACCGCAUCUUGACUCAUUUAGCCAAGCAUGGUAAAGACGCCAAUAAAGACUUGACUCCCGAACAAAAAGCAGAAUACUUUGCCUAUGCUACACUAGCACAAGAGAAGCUUUAUGACUGCAUGCUUUACACCUGGUAUGCCGAUUCGACUAACUUCAUUAAAAACAUUCGUCCUACAUACGCAACACUUUUAUCGUUUCCUUCUCGUUAUCUUGUCCCCGUUCAACUGAAGAAAAGCGCCAAAGCUAGAUUAGCUAAAUACAAUGUUGAAAUCACAGCCGACGAUGCUGGCUUACCUCAAAACGAAAAGGAAGAAAUGAAGGAACUAUUAAAGUCUGGCUGGCAUCAAAUGUAUCAAUUGGCUAGAGAAACAUAUGGCACUUUACAAUCCCAAUUAAACGAGAAAGAUUACAUGUUUGGUGAUGAUGCUACAACAUUAGAUUGCAUUGUAUUUGGAUACCUUUCAUUGCAUUUGUACCCAGAUUUGGCGCAUAAACGAUUACAACACAUCUUGACCACCGAAUACCCAUUACUCGCGACUUACUGCGAUCGCAUGAAAAAUCUUUUAUAUUCCGAAGAACAAUCACAUAUUGAAUCUGAACCUUCAGAAGACGUGCCUUCGCUCUGGAAAACAUUUAUAAAUAACCCUACUGGAUUUUUGGGCACUGUCAAGGAUGAUGUCGUUUCUUAUAUGGGAACAAGCGAGGAUAAAAAGGAAAAGAGUAAAUCUCAAGUCGAUUUUGAACGCAAGCGUAUUUGGUCCAUUGCAGGUGGCCUUACUUUCUUUUUAGCGUAUGUCAUUUACAAUGGUAUACUCAGUAUAGAUAUUAGUGAUGAAAGAGAUGAUUUCUAUGACAGCGAUGAAGAAUACGAGGAGGAAGAUUAAGCAAUACAUAAUAAAACAAUAUUUGAAACUGUUACACG